AUGGAUUAUUCGCUCGAACCUGGUCGGCAUAUGAAGCAUGUCGAUCGGAAGGCUCUUUAUACCCGCCUGGAGGCGCGCAUCAACUACCUUCGAGACUUCCUGGACUUCAACUCAAGCGACGUCGAAGCAUUGGUAUCAGGUUCGAAGUACAUCAAAGCUUUGAUUCCGGCUGUCGUCAACAUUGUAUACAAGAAACUCCUCGAAAGCGACAUCACUGCACGUGCCUUCCACACCAGAGACACCUCCGACGAGAGACCAAUAGAAGAGUUCUUCACCGAGGACAGCCCUCAGAUCCAACGCCGGAAGAUGUUCCUGCGAUGGUAUUUGCUUAAGCUCUGCUCCGACCCGUCCCAGAUGGAAUUUUGGCGAUACUUGAACAAAGUUGGGAUGAUGCAUGUUGCUCAAGAACGACUUUACUCGCUUAACAUCGAAUACAUCCACAUGGGCGCAUGUCUCGGUUUCAUCCAGGAUAUCUUCACCGAAGCUCUCAUGUCACACCCCCACCUCUCCCUACCACGCAAGACCGCCUUGGUCCGGGCCAUCGGCAAGAUCAUCUGGAUCCAAAACGACCUUGUGGCGAGAUGGCGCAUCAGAGAUGGCGAGGAGUACGCCGACGAGAUGUCAGAAAUCAUUGUUGAUGACAAAGAAGGUUAUUUGGGCGACAAGAAAAUCCUGGGCGAUAGCAGUUCAGGAACUUCGAGCGAGGACGAUCGGUCCAGCGUCCGAAGUGGUAAUGUGCCUACUCAUACUCCUGCAUGCCCUUUUGCGGACAUGGCACCAACUUCUUCUCAGACGAAGAUCUGGGCCGGCAAAUGAGUUGACAGGCUGCUGGGCUCUUUGUGAGGCAGGCAGUGGUAUACAUCAACGUCUUGUUAAAAGGUUAUAAAGGAACAAGGAGCAUAGCGGGCGUUCGGUACAAAUAUUCCCGGGAAUUGUUUGAUUGACUUCUAUGGAUCUGUCUGUCCGUUUCUUUGAGUGUAAUUCUCUCUAUUUCGAUAAAGUAAUGCAGGAAGCACGCGCCCUGUGGGCGUGGUUGAGAAGGACAUCAAUUCCGGGCACUAUGACGCCUCCUCUUUCGUUGACGCUGAUAUUGCACUUUCUAAGCCUUUUAAGUAACCUGUCUCUUGAUGACUGUCGUGUCAGCUCAGUCGUAAAUGCACACGAUAGGAAAUAUGGGGGGGGUCCUGCAUAACUACUGAAUUACUGAUAGUGCAUGUCACCCACAGUGACCCGCCUCUAUUAACGUUGUGUGAUCGACAUGCCAGUGAAAAGGG